GCCGGCUGAACGCAUACGGUUUUUGGAGGGGAGGGGGCGGUUCACGACUUGACGCAGGAGGGAAGAUGGCGGACGAGGAAAAGCUUCCACCCGGGUGGGAAAAACGAAUGAGUCGCAGCUCAGGGCGUGUGUAUUAUUUUAACCAUAUGACUAAUGCUAGUCAGUGGGAACGACCAACCUGCAGUGGGAAAAACGGACAGGGGCAAGGGGAACCACAAAAGGUGCGAUGUUCUCAUCUGCUGGUGAAGCACAGCCAGUCGAGGCGUCCCUCCUCAUGGAGGCAGGAGAAGAUCACCCGCAGCAAAGAUGAGGCGUUAGAACUCAUUAAUAGUUAUAUUCAGAAGAUAAAAUCUGGAGAUGAAGACUUUGAGGCACUUGCAUCUCAGUUCAGUGACUGCAGCUCUGCUAAGGCUGGAGGUGAUCUGGGCUCCUUUGGGAGAGGUGACAUGCAAAAACCCUUUGAGGAUGCAUCCUUCGCUCUGCGGCCUGGAGAAAUGAGCGGUCCUGUCUUCACAGAUUCCGGCAUCCACAUUAUUCUGCGCACUGAGUGAAUCACCUGUUUUAGAAAUAUUUCCCCGUACACCCUUUCGUAGCGGUGAUAAGGGUUCUGGAAUAGAGCUAAGGAAGGGGAAGAGCCUGGUAGAUUAGGCAGUACUAUACAUUUGGUGAUCUCGUCAAACAUUAUGGAAGUUUGCAGUGUGUCCUCAUAGUUCUAUGUUUAUUGGGACUACCCUGACAAUAAUGGUGAGAAUUUCCAAGUGUUAAGGGGAUCUGCAUGAAGAGAUGGGACUUUUUCUAAAUUCUGGAGUUUCUCAAGCUCCUUCAUUAUCUGAUGGCACCUAAAAGAGUAGAAAGAACUUUACUCCACUUAAACUAUGUAUACCUUAUUGUUAAUUAUCUUUCUAAUAUAGCAUGAAAGCCUUUGUGGCAGGGGCUGUGGCAUGUUUUAAUUCUUAAAAA